AUAUUGCUUUCCUUCUCUUUCUCUUUGCUUUGUUCCACCGAAUUGUAUUCCUAUUUUAAUAUAUUUUUGUGUAUAUAUAUAUAUAUGAGUCCGUUUCGUGAGAGCAGUCGUCCCAUUCAAUCAUUUUAGUUGAGAAGUUAUCAUUUAGAUCUGAGCCUGAGAGCAUCCACUACUCACUACAAUGGGGGAAAAGGAAAAGGUUACGAUUAUGGUGCUGAAGGUGGAUCUUCAGUGUCACAAAUGCUACAAGAAGGUCAAAAAAGUUCUUUGUAAAUUCCCUCAAAUACGAGACCAGAUAUACUACGAGAAGCAAAACCAAGUGGUGAUCAAAGUGGUAUGCUGUAGUCCAGAAAAGAUAAGGGACAAGAUUUGCUGCAAAGGUGGAUGUGCCAUAAAAAGCAUCGAGAUCAAAGAGCCAGAGAAGCCCAAGCCACCGCAAGUUGAGAAACCCAAAGAGCCCGAAAAACCUAAACCGGAUGAGAAACCCAAAGAGCCUGAAAAACCCAAAGAGCCUGAAAAACCUAAACCGGCUGAGAAACCCAAAGAGCCUGAAAAACCUAAGCCUUGUCCUCCUCCUGUGCAUCUGGUUCCUUGUGUGCCAUGGUACCCACCGCCUGUCCGAACGUGUUGUACGGAUUGUUACCAUGGGCAUGCAGGUGGGCCGUGUUACAGUGGUUAUGGCCGAGGGCCACCCCCGUGCAUCCAGUAUGAUGGUUACUAUGGGAGGCCUGUGUAUGACAGUUACGGCGGUUGCAGCAGGGGGUAUUGUGAAGAAAAUCCCUCAGUUUGCACAGUCAUGUAAAUCAUCGAUCAUCUUAUUGGAUCGUGAAACCUUCUUCAAUCUCGGGAUAAUAUUUGAGCAGUGUUUGUUGUUUGAUAUUAAUAUUAUAGGAGUGCCAUAUGGCAUAUAUUGUUAAGUGAAUAAUAAAGUUGGUUGUUGAUCU